CUUGUCAACCGCACGAUCCAGUUACUGUAGAUGCCUGCUGCAAUGAAAAUAUCUUCGUUGGUGGGUGGAUAUAUGGGCCCAAUUCCAUCAUUUUUUUUGUUUUGCCAGCCAUUGACUGAGUGAAGACGGGCCACAGACGAAGGCAUGUGGCGAAUAUUAUGGCUCACAGCCACUGUUCGUCUCCUGGGAGCCAGCGGCUGGCUGCCUCAUGCCAUCCUGUAGCCGGACCCCCCCUGCCCGAGCUCCAUGCACAUCACACAACAUAUAUUUUGACUUCAUGAAGAUCCCUGACAUCUGUGAUGUAAUGAAUAAAUUUGAAGUCCUUGGGAUUGUGGGUGAAGGAGCCUAUGGUGUUGUCUUGAAGUGCAGACACAAGGACACCAAUGAAAUUGUGGCCAUUAAGAAAUUCAAGGACAGUGAAGAAAAUGAAGAGGUUAAAGAAACAACACUACGAGAGCUUAAAAUGCUUCGCACCCUCAAGCAGGAGAAUAUCGUUGAGCUCAAAGAGGCCUUCCGCAGAAGAGGAAAGCUAUACCUUGUGUUUGAGUAUGUGGAGAAGAACAUGCUUGAACUGCUUGAGGAGUUACCCAAUGGUGUGCCGACUGAGAAAGCACGGAGCUAUAUCUACCAAUUAAUCAAAGCUAUCCACUGGUGCCAUAAGCAUGACAUUGUUCACCGGGACAUAAAGCCAGAAAACCUCCUCAUCAGCUCUGAUGAUGUCCUCAAGUUAUGUGACUUUGGCUUUGCACGUAAUCUCUCUGAGGGUACUGAUGCUAAUUACACAGAGUAUGUAGCCACUAGAUGGUACCGCUCUCCAGAACUCCUGCUCGGGGCUCCUUAUGGGAAGGCAGUGGACAUGUGGUCAGUAGGCUGCAUCUUAGGAGAGCUGAGCGACGGACAGCCUCUAUUCCCAGGAGAGAGCGAGAUUGACCAACUCUUUACCAUUCAGAAAGUGCUGGGACCCUUGCCACCAGAACAGAUGAAGCUCUUCUAUAACAACCCUCGGUUUCAUGGGCUGCGGUUCCCUGCUGUGAACCAUCCCCAAACACUGGAGCGAAGAUACCUGGGAAUCAUUGGCGGAAGCCUGCUGGACUUGCUCAAGAACUUGCUAAUGCUGAACCCAACAGAGCGAUAUCUCACAGAGCAGAGCCUGAACCACCACACCUUCCAGACCCUUCGGUUGGUGGAGCGGUCCGGUCCACCCACACCUACACCUGUACGCUCCUCCAAGAGAAAGCCUCACCACGGAGACAACAGCACCCCCAGCAGAAUUCAUGGUGGGAAGAGCUCAGGAAGUCACCGCUCCAGCAGCAGAGAGUGCUCCAGCCUGCCCCGGCAUGAAGACCUCCACCCCAACAAUGACAGCUUUCUCAAUGGCAACAUGUCUGCAGCACUCAACCUCAGCCCCACCCUGCAUCACAAGAACUACCAGCCACAGAUCUUCAACCACUCCACCUCCUGCAGCAUGGACCUGGCCAGCAGCAACCUCCCUCACCUGCUCAGCCCUGGUGAGACCAAGACCAAGGGCGACUUUGAGAUGAAGGUGUCUGACGGUCCCGGUGCCAAGUACCUCAAAUCCAACUUCCGCUCGCAGCAGAACCACCACUCUUUUGUGGAGGGGAACACCAACACACUUCAAUUAGGGGAGAAGCACAGCCGACACAGCUAUAUGGACUCCCACAGCUCCACGCCCUCUUCCUCCAAGUUCUCCUACCUGAACUUAUCCAAGAGCUAUGGCACGCUUAGUGAUGCCAAGUCAGUGGGGAACUUGAAUGAUGUGCAUCUUUAUGCUGAUGAGCCUACAUCUCGUUAUUUUCCCACAAGCUGCCUCGACCUCACAGCCCCAAGCAGCCCAGCAGCUCGACGAGUAGACAGACUGGGACCUGGCACAGUUGGCCGAGGAAGCAUGCGCUCGGACAGAGAGAGCAACACUCUGGACUCCUCCUAUAGGCGCUCGUCCACCCGCCACAAGGCCUCAGAGGAUGCCCAGUCGCCAGAUGCCCUGGAGCCUGGGGAGAGUGGAGUUGAAAUGAGCCAUGUUCACUCUCUGUCUGCCCCACAUGACCCUCUGGCUUAUGGUCAGGGAUACACCAGCCCCUUUUCCUCCCAGCAGCGACCGCACCGCCACUCCAUGUACGUACGGAGGGACCACCAGAGGACACAUGGGGCAGAUGAUGGGCUGGUGGUGGGGCAGGGUUUGCCCACUAGAGCCAGCAGCCUCCAGCUCCUGUCUCCACAGCUGCAGCACCGCACACUGCCUCACCACUCUGGGGGCUCCUCCAGAGAAGAAGACAUGAGCAGGAGCGAACAGGCACCCACUGAGGUCACCCACAGCAGACCCCCAAUAAGGGACUCCACAAGGGACAACGCCGCAUCUUUUCACACACAGCGGCAAAAAAGCGAGGUUGGCUUAUAUCAUGACCAGCAAACUGAAGAUGGGGGUUCUUCCAAAGAGAACCGCAACAUCUACAGUGAAUCCAUGCCUAGGAGGGUGGGCAGCUUCUACAGAGUACCUUCUCCCCGGCCAGACAACUCCUUCCAUGAUAGCAGGGGUCAGAGCCGGGGCUCCGGUCUGACCGGAGACGGCAGCAGUUUGGCGAACCACUCUAAACGUCAGCCAGCAUUUGACCCCUGGACUGGCCCAGAUACUGUGGUGCUGAACCCCUCUGAGCCAUCCAAAGAAAAGGAGAAGCAGGGUUUCUUCAGAGCAAUAAAGAAGAAGAAGAAGAAAACUCAAAUGAUGCAAGUCCCUGAAGGAAGGCCUCCUGUUAUCAAGAAAUGCCUUUUGCCUCUGCUUAGCUCAAAGAAUAACAUAAAGCAUAGUUCCUCUGUGAGAGUCCUCCCUGUAGAGUCUUCUCCCAUGGUACAUGCUGUUUUACACUAUCGUCCCUCUUCUACCAACUAUCAAUCCUCGGGUCACCAGAGCAGCCGCCACAGGUCUCGUGACAAGAGCAGAGAGCGGGACCAAGACCGAGAACGGGACAAGGACUGGCCUCCUGACAAACUGUCCGACUCACACUCACCAAGUCAGCCACUGAAGUCACUGCGCAAGCUCCUGCACCUUUCAUCCUCAUCCUCCAACCAGACCACACCCUCUGACAUGCGCUAUCAGCCGCUACCUAAUCCAGGCUCUGCUCAAGGUGGUUUUGCAGAAAGCCGGGGUCACUCAGGGGUCAGUACACCCCAGAUGAAGAGCAGACAGACAGCCUACCCGCUGCCUGGACAGCUGGAGUCUGGCUGGCACACGUCCGCCCUGGGCCGCCCUGAGGGCAACCCCUACCCAGAGCAAAUGAGCAUCAAGGGAGGCCAGAACGGACACGGCUUCAGGCGCCCCUCCAGGUCUCGUAUGCCAAACCUCAAUGACCUGAAAGAGACGGCUCUGUGAUCUCCAUCGCCCUACAGCUCCCCCCUCCAACUUCAGACUCCUCCGUUCCCCCUCUGUUGCUCCUACACCGCCCUUGCGUAACAGUACACCUGCUGAAACAAACACACAAAUACCAAACCUUCAGUAUUAAACACUGCUUGGGCCAAAAGCCUUUUUAUGUCUUAGUUUUUUAAUGCUUCCUUGUUUGAUAGACUUCAUAUUAUUACUUCUGUAAUUCCAAUUAUAAUUUGUAUUAUAAAGUAAAUAUAUUACAAAUUAAACAUACAGUAUAUAUAAAUGGAUAAAGUGUAGAUUUUAAGUGUAAGUAUUUUUGUUUCUAUUCAACAUAGAAAUAUAGUACAUUUUAUUGCAUAGUAUUUCCUUAAGACUGUCUAAGGCGGUCUAAACAAAUAAAGUUUUAUCAGUUGCUGCAAUGGAGAUUGGUAAUAUCAGUAAAUUUGUGUUCAUCUCACCAGGACUGUACGUCUGUGUCCGAGCUGUUUUGCCUUUGGAUGUGCUCUGUCAUGUCGGUUACACCUGCUCAAAUACGCAACUACAAGUCAAAGCGUUCUUACAAAUAUAGCUGUAGUGCUGUUUUUCUGAUUUGGCACUGACAGUCUAAACAUCUUAAAUCUGUUUGUUAUUUUUUGAGGAUAUUUCAGUUUGUAUGUCUUUUUGAAAUGCAGCCAUUUUAGACACAGUGGUGCCAUAAACAGAGAGAAAUCCUGACCUACAUCCCCCUCUGUAGGAGACAAUGAAGCACUGCAGUUAGUUUUCUGACAUGCACUCGCUAACAUUUAGGCUUUGACUUUUCAUGCACGACGUGUGUAAAUCAUUUUCCUAUAUAUUAUAAACAAAUACACGAUAAAAACCAUGGCUACAGCUCAAUCAUUUGAAAUAGGACAAACAUAAUAACUGUUUCUUAUGCAGACUGAAGAUCCUGUAAUCUAAAAUGAUGUGCUGCAGUGUUUAUGUAAAAAUGUUAUGGAGCGCCCUUAUUAGUAGUACAACCCUGCACUGCUUUGAGCAGAUGUCAAGCAUCCAGUGAAUGAAGCUGCUACCGAAGGAUAUGAAUUUCUAUGUUAACUUCACCCACUACCAGGAUUUCACAUUAGCAGUUCCCAGGUGGUUCCUCUUGUUUGAUCAGUUAUAAAAUGUACAAACACAUCCAAAAUAUUACAGUAUAUGUUGUAAAAGUAUCAUUAAUAAAAAUGGAUUGCAAGUUUUAUUCUCACUGAUUGUUACAGUCGUUUUUGCAGCCGAUAGAGGAAUGUAAAAGCCAUUCAGUGGUUCCCAAAUCUGUUUGUCUGAUACAGUGUACUGCCACAGCCCUGACAGAUAUACUCAAGGACCCUUUCAUCAGCACCGCCCAUCCUGCUCCACAUGUACUCAUUUGAAUUGAGUUUAAACUGAAUGGAGACAGUGGAACAAUGUUGAUCAUAUAAAAGUGAGCAUUAUUACAUUACUAAGCUUUUUUCAUUCAAUUGGACUUUCAGUGGUUUUAUGCUAAUUUAUUCAGAAUUCAGCGACAGAAGUUGAACAUUUAUCAUUCAUUUUUAGUUAUUUUAACCAUUUUUCAAUGAUUUUAACUAUUUCAUCUAUUUAUCCAUUACUUUUACCUUUUUCAGUAUUUAUUCCAGACUUUUAGCAAAUUAUUUAUUUAAUUGCAUUACAGUUACUGUUGCGGUAUUACAGCUA